UACUAGAUUUUUGUCUGUGGUGUGGUGUGUGGUCGGUGGUCGCAGCCGUCGCAGGCUCAGGAUUUUCAGCUUUUAGAGUGAAGUUUUGUUUUUCAUUGCUGAUUUUAAUUUAGUGAAAUGAUAGACUGGAUUUGAAACAUUUCAAUAUGGGCAGGCCCUACUCUGGUAUGAUAGGACAAUGGAUAGCAUGAAACACUUGCGAUAUACACAAUGAGUGCCCCAAGCGGGUGUGUCAACUGCAGUGAUGGCUCGGAGAAGUCUGACCUGAAGCAUGAGGCAGAGUGCUCAGAGGGAGAAGAUGCACAAAUUAGACUGGCGCCUCAUGUGCAGGCAUACCUCGCACACAAUAGCCCUACAACCAACUGCUGUGGGCUCACCAUCCCCAUUGCCUUUGAAAGGGCCGCCCCGGGUACAUGGUGGAAUCCCAGAUUUGAUUCCAAAAUACUUGAAGGCCAAUAUAGACAUAGUUCCUUUAGACAAAUAAGAUUACGAUUCAGAUUUGCACUUUUAUACAUUUUGAUAUUUUCUAUAUCAUGGUUUAUCUACUUUGUGGUCCUGGGUUUGAACGGCAUGACAGUGAAAUGGCCAUUUCUGUGUUCUAUAUUUGCUGGAGUCCUGUUGAUAACAUCUGUCAUGUUGUAUGUCACAUUUACUAAUGUAUACAAGGGGUAUACAUUCAAGAUAUCCUUGGUUAUGGCCCUAGCGCUGUGCACUCUUAGCCUGUCACUUGUGACGCUCACCACACAGGUGCAGACGCAUGGGCUGCCUCCCCGCUCGGCCGACAUCAGCCAAUCAGGACACUUCAUCAUGUGCAUAGAAAUCCUUUUAAUUAUAUACACACUUACACCUCUACCACUUUUUGCCUGUGUUAUCACUGGGAUUUUAUAUUCAAUUGUUUUUGAAGUGUUGAACAUUGUGUUGCAUCUGACUGAACAGGAAUGGCAAGGUCCCGGGCUAUUUGUGAGGGUCCUGCUGCAGAUGUGUGUGCACAUUAUCGGAAUACAUAUAUAUUUAAUGACAUUUGUCAGAAUGCGGGGUACGUUUAUGAAAGUAGGCCAGAGUCUGUUGGUGCGAAGGCAGCUAGAAAUGGAGAAGCAGUUGAAAGAGAAAAUGAUACAUUCAGUCAUGCCUCCAAAGCUUGCGAGCUGCCUGAUGGAGGAGCAAGUUUUAGAAUCAGAGCCUAAUGUGAAGAAUCAUCAUGAUCCACUCAAUGCGAGGUCUUCUAAUCCUGCAGCAGGAGAUAUUAAGUCACUGUUCCGACCAUUUAACAUGAGCUGUAUGGACAAUGUCAGUAUUUUAUUCGCUGAUAUUGUCGGUUUUACGAGAAUGUCCAGUAACAAAGGUGCUGAAGAGUUAGUAAAUAUAUUGAAUGAUUUGUUUGAGAAGUUUGAUGAGCUGUGUCAGAUACACGGCUGCGAGAAGAUCUCGACGCUAGGGGACUGUUAUUAUUGCGUGUCGGGCUGCCCGGAGCCGCGCCCGGACCACGCCACAUGCUGCGUAGAGAUGGGGAUAGGUAUGAUAGAUGCUAUCCAAGAAUUCGACAGAGAGCGCGGGGAGGGCAUCAACAUGAGAGUGGGCGUGCACACAGGCACGGUGCUGUGCGGGAUCGUGGGCACCCGCCGGUUUAAGUUCGACGUCUGGAGCAACGACGUCUCCUUCGCCAACAAGAUGGAGUCCUCCGGCAAACCCGGACGAGUACAUGUCUCUGAAGAGACCACCAGGUUUCUCGGAGGCUCGUAUGUUCUCGAAGAAGGCGAGGAAGUAUUUGGUCAUAAAACAUACUUCAUAGAGGGCCGUCAGCUGAGCUCACCGUAUGACCACGAGCAGUGCCUCCCGCCCUCCAACCCCGUCAACUUGCGCUUCAUUAUAUCCCCCGCAGCAUCCCCUCAGUCCGUCCUUUCUUUCAUGCAACCCCCGCGCUCCCCCCAAUCUCCGCAAGGCUUUAAUGACGCUCGGAAAUCGGACAACUAUCUGUCGCCAGCACCCUUCCAUUUCCGUGCUAAGGCUAGUUCGCUGCCCAGUAUAUUGGACUCCGACGAAAUGGAUGAAAAAAGGGAGAAAGGGUUUCCGGAGAGAACCGACAGCUCAUCUAAAAGUCCUACGUCUAUAGGAAGUUACGGCAAGUACGCGAGUAAGUUGAAGAAUUGGAAGGUGUCUAAAUUCUUAAGAAAACAUUCCGAUACCCCAUUGCACGCAAUAAAAAAGCAAGAAUUAAAUGAUGCCGACAAAACAUUUAAUUUACUAUCGUGCGGCGACGCGCCGUCGAGCAACGGUUACCAGCAAGUGCCUAUAGUGAUAGAGGUUCAGGACACUAAGGCCAGGCCGACCAGCAGCAAGCUCAACACGCCGGUGAAUCCCGACAUGGUGUCGUUUGAGAAGGAGAUCAUCGAUAUUCGGUCGUACCUGAGCCAGUCAAGGAGUAACAUGUCGCCGUUCGCGAGAAGUAGCAGCUAUAGAUCGCAGUGCGGAAGGCCUACUAAUAUUGACAUCCCCGUGUGCCGCGCGCGCAGCUCGACGCUGGCCACGCAAGGGGAGCUGCGCGCGUGCUUGCGCAACCGGCAGGAGGACUCCGUCAGCCUGUGCCCGUCCGUCAACAGCCGCAAGGACAGCGGCAUACGGAGCACCAGCCGCCGGUCUAGUAUACAGCAGCAGAUAUUUGCCCUGAACCACACGGCGAUACCGGUGUCGCAGCACGACAUGAUGCAGCACCGCGUGUCCGGCUACUACACGUCCUCGCAGUCCUCGCUCAACGAGCCCUCCGGGGGGGCGCGGGGGGCGCGGGGGGCGCGCCUGCCGCCGCCGCUCAACGACCAGCAGGUGCACUCCUUGCAGAAGCUGCGCAAGCAGUCCGACCUGCAGCUCAUCCGCUGCGUGCAGGACAACGCCAGGUCGGGCAUCAACUACUUCGUCCAACCGCCCCUCAACAGAUUCACUCUCUUCUUCAAGGCGCCAGAGAUAGAGGCGCAAUAUCGCGACAAAGCGCACCGAAGCGACGAUUGCGAGGAUUUCCCUCCGACUCUGACCACUUCAAGAUUUAACACCGCUUUAGAUAUUCUUGUUUCUGCUAUAAUCUUCUUAGCCGUUUCCGUUUCGAUAUUUGUUUUGUAUCACGCGUGGAGACAGUGGAUCGGGUGGUUCGCGCUCUUCACUGCCAUAGAGGCUAUAACGAUAUCCUGCUGCGUCUACCGACACUACUUGAAAUGGAAGACGAAAGGGAACCCUCCCGUCACGGUCAACAUCCGGCGGUCCGUGAAGAUAUUUAGGAAAUUAACGGAUUGGUUCCCGUGGCAUUUAUCGGGCGGGCUGCUAAUCAGCCUGCCGAUUCUGGCUAUUUUAAUAAAUUUCUCCUGUAAUUACACGACGAUGCCCAUUCUGAAAGGAGAGCAGUCCUUUUACGUGUAUCUGUUGUGCAUUAGCAUAGUCCACUUUUGUAAUUUCACCCAAAUGAACUGGCUGGUGAAGAACACUUUGGUGACUGUAUAUGCUGGCCUCUUCCUGUUCCUCGCCGUGCUCGGAUGUCACGAAGUAAAUACUCAAUAUUUAGACGCUGAUAUUAUGCGGCCUUCAGUACUAGCCGCUACUUAUAAUACCUCAUUAAACGCAACCAAUGACUAUCCUGACGACUGGUUAGAGAACAGUACCGAGACCGGCGAAAGCAUGCUGCACAAGAUGCAUUUAACGGAGCUUUAUUUAGACAUAGUUUUGCUGCUGAUGCUGGUAUGGUUUCUCAAUAGAGAGUUUGAGAUCAGCUAUCGCCUCAGUUUCUACAGCAACGUUGUAGCCAACCGGGAUAAGCAGAGGGUUCAGAACAUGCGAAACCAAGCGGACUGGCUCCUCCACAACAUCAUCCCGCGCCACGUCGCCGACCAGCUCAAGAACACCGCCAAGUAUUCUGAAAACCACAAGGACGUCGGUAUUAUCUUCGCUAGCAUAGUCAAUUUCAAUGAAAUGUACGACGAGUCCUACUUAAAGGGAAAGGAAUACCUUAGAGUUCUGAACGAGCUAAUCGCGGAUUUCGACGAGCUAUUAGAGAGACCGGAGUUUAGGCACGUGGAAAAGAUCAAAACUAUCGGGAGCACGUUUAUGGCGGCUAGCGGACUCAAUCCAGACUUGAGGCACUCUUCCCGCGGCUCGCACGAUCAUCUCUACCAGCUGAUGGACUUUGCUUUAGAAAUGCAGAAAGUUGUAGACAACUUUAAUCAAGAUUUGCUAGAGUUCGAUUUCAUUCUUCGGAUCGGAUAUAACUUUGGGGAUGUUACGGCUGGGGUUAUCGGCACUACCAAAUUGUACUAUGACAUUUGGGGCGACGCGGUGAACAUCGCGUCUCGGAUGGACUCGACGGGAGUCGUGAAGCGUAUCCAAGUGGGCGAGGCGUGCAUCCCCGUCUUGUCACCCAUCUACGAGUUCGAACAGCGCGGCAGCGUGUACGUGAAAGGCAAAGACGAUAUGAACGUAUAUCUCUUAGUCAGAAAAAAAUAACUCUAGGUGAAACAAACUAUUUAUAAUGGAAAGUAGAAUCUGUGAUUUAAUUAUAUAUUUGUUACUACGUAGGUAACGUAAUGAGGUUACAGUUUAAGAGAUGCUUGGGUCAUGCACAAAUUUAGGUUCUAAUAGGGAGUAUUACUGCAAUGUUCUGCCGCCAGAGUGUAGCAUAGUGCACAUACUAAAUCAUAGAGUAACUUUUGUUAUCUGCCUCUCUAUCGAUCGAACAUGCAAGUGAUAGAGAGGUAGAAACCAAACUUCCGAUUUUCGUGUUUCGCGGCAGACCCUGUGAUUGUGCUAGUGACGCCCUCUACGCAGAGUUUUGCGUAAUAUUCCCUAUUGGAUUGGAUUUUUCUGUUCCCGCAUGUUCUGAACAUUGGUGAAACAAUUAUCCAUAAUUUUGGUACAGGCCAAAAUUACGUCGGUUUGGUCGUACAACUCUCAAUCAGAAAGUGUGCUUAACUUUUGGGAACAGAAGAAAGAACUUUUGUUUUAAAAGCCUGUGUAUGGUCCGCUUAUUUAUUUUGUGCAUUACGUGAUAUAAUGGCUUAAAGAAAUACUCCAAAUGUAUAAAGGCUAUUAAUUUAUUGUUAUUUGGCUUAAACCCAGCACUCACUACCCUGCUUGCAGUCAUACUAUAGCGGGAGGCAGCCCUGCUAGAGAGAGAUGGUAAUAUUAUUAAUUACUAUGUUAGUUUCUCACUUUAGCAGGCACGCAGGAUCGUGUGUGGGUUUUAGGUGUUAGCGUGUUGAGUGGCAGCGUGUGUGACGCAUGUUUGUGUGGAGUGAAAUAAAUCUCCUUGCCGCAUUCUCUAAUCUGUGACCAGUGCUCUAGUCCACUAUGAAAUUACUGUACAUCUGACUAAAUAUUAUUUACCCGUCAUAUGUAUUUGACCGUAGUUAAUUAUUAAUGAGGAAUAUUAACAAUUCUUCCAAAGGGUAGCUAAAUGAUUUGUACCUAUUAAUAAGAUGAAAAUCGUGUUAACUGAACUACGAAUGCGUAAUAUAAUGGCAACGAAUGGUAUGGGUUGUGGGUAAAACCUGACUGUUAGCCGUGUCGAUGUAUCAUGUCGUACUUAAAUCCGAUUUAGAUUGUUUAUGUAAAAUGUACGCCGUUCCGAAGCUAAUAACGUUUUCCUCUAGCUUAGAGAGUAAUAUUGUAAAAUUAGUAGCAAAUUAUCCGUCGAUGUGCAAUGCCUUAGCUUUGGCUCGCCCUGUUUCAAAAGUAGAAGCAUGUUCUAUAUAUUCAAUAAUACGAUUAUUCAAGUAACUUAAUAUUUAGUGAUUAAUAUAUUACAAUCAACUAGCACAAUUUCAAUAAUGCACAGGGUUGCUGCGUUUAUUGCCAUAAAAGUGUAUUUACGUACAUAUGAUAUCCGAAGACGGUUUGUGACUUCGGUAAUGAGUUUUUUGUGUAAUUGUGUAUGUCAAGUACGAUGAGAUGUACUUAUACUUAUGUAUAUUGCCCGAAAAAGAUAUUCUAAAGCGAAAUUUUUACAACCGCGUGUCUUCUCAUUACAUAACUUGUAAGAGUUAUUUAAACUUAUGAUGAAAGCCUUGACUGUACAUUCCACUUGUAUUUAUGAUAUUGCCUUAGAAUGUCUAUUUUCUACUAGGGAAACGAAUAAUUUGUAGAAUGGAUUUUUUCAGAGGGGACGGUAUUUUUACUGAAUGUUGGACCAAAACUGGAUUAUUAGACGCAAUUAGCUCUCUUUAAAUGUUAUUACCUCUUCGGUAAUAUUAUUAUAUUUGCUCUUGGUACAUUACAAAUUCGAAGAUGUACUGCUAUAUUUAUAAGUAAAAACCUUCUUGUGAUACGUGAAAAUUGAUAUAUAUGACUAAUUGACUAUAAUAUUGAAGGAAAACUUUUUUCUUUAUAUACAUGAUUUCCAGUCAAACAUCGUAAAAUA